AUGAUGAACAUGAAUUACCCAUUCACUGAAAGUGCUGAAAAUAAGAUGACAAGUUUCUUGACUGACUUGGCAAAGCCAUUUGUGGAGAAAUUGAUAAAUGGGGCGAUUGCAGAAUUAAGUUAUAUUUGCUGCUUCACAUGCAUUGUUAAGGAUUUCCAAGAAGAACAAUCUAGAUUGGAAGUAGAAAGGGAAACUUUGGAGCGACACAUUGAAGAGGCAACAAGAAGAGGAGAAAAUGUUCAACCUGAUGCUCUUGCUUGGAAAGAUGAAGUUGAUCAGCUCAUUCAAGAAGAUACAAAAAAAAAAAAAUGUUUUUUUGAAUUUUGUCCUGAUUGCUUAUAG